CGUGGCCUCGCGUCAACGUGAGCGUCGUCUCGUCGGCGAGUCACGUGACCAGGGAGAAGGGAAACGCUGGCGCUGGAAGCAGGAAGUCCACAUCACGUAAACAGUGCCAAAAAGAAAGCAAAAUCCACGACUGCUUGUCCACAAUGGCUGGUAUUAAAGCUCUGGUCGGGUUGUCUUUCAGUGGCGCCAUCGGGCUGACGUUUCUGCUUCUGGGUUGUGCGAUAGAACAAUACGGAGUUUACUGGCCGCUGUUUGUACUGAUUUUUUACGCCUUGAGUCCGCUCCCAGUCUUCAUAUCCAGACGUCUCAGUGAUGACACCGACUCCUCCAGCAAUGCAUGCAGAGAGCUUUCCAUUUUCGUAACUACUGGAAUUGUCGUAUCAGCUUUUGGGCUCCCCGUUGUCCUCGCUCGCAAUAGCACAAUCCAGUGGGGCGCCUGCGGUCUUGUGAUGACAGGAAACGUAGUCAUCUUCCUCACAAUCCUCGGCUUUUUUGUGGUGUUUGGAGGUGGCGAUGACUUCAGUUGGGAACAGUGGUAACGUGCUUUGUCAAAGUGGACGGACACAAGGAAGGAAGGAAGGCUGGAUGGAUGGGUGGGUGGAUGAAAGGAGGGAUGGCUCGGCAGCAGACCAAAGGGCACGCUCACUUUUGGUCUGGGAUCAUUCUGUUAGCGGCAGCAACAUUUCACACGUGUCACCUAUCUUGACAUGUUCUCAAAAUUGGGUUCUGACACAACGCAUCGUGCUCUGUUAUUGUGCCUUAUUGUCUGGGACACCAGAGAAGCACCUCUAACCUACAGCUUUAACCACAUGAUUAUACAUAUUAACCUGGAUUGGCUUGCAUUUUUUUUUUUUUUUUGUUGUUGUUGUUGUUGUUACCCUUCUUCAGAUUUGGGUUCCUGUCACUCAAUCUGAUCAAGGGAUCACAACGAUUAAGACAACACUGCCAUGCUUACUGCAUUGUUCCAUUAUCUUUAGCGUUCAGCUAAUGUAGUCGCGUUGCGUGUUUAAAAAAAAUAUUAUGGCAGGGAAAGUCAUCCUUAUUCAUGCUCCAUCUGUCAGCAAGUGUGUUGAAUGUGUCGUUAUUGAUGUUUAUGUGACUUGCCACUGAACGUUGCAUUUCUUUUUCUUUUUUGUUUUGGUCAUCUUUAAAGCAUUCUAAUUUGUACUUGGGCCACUGUGUACAUUGUCACCAAAGAUCGUUGAAGAUGAAGCCCAUUUACCAGCAAACGGCGUCGAGAUGCCAGUUGAGGGUUUUGAGGAAGCACUUUUGUGUGAAUAUCUAUGCAUUUGUAUUCAUUCACUGUGUGAACAGUCUCGUUAAAGUGCUUUUUCGAUUCCCGCAGACGACAAGUUUAUUUAUACUAGUUUUACGUUUUGGGUGGUAAGGAAAAUGAGUUAACCGCAUAUAAAACGAAUGCAAGUUUGGUGUUUUGGUUACUGUUGAAACGUCAAAUAAUGACUCAAUAUGACACGUUCUCUAACCUACGUUUGAAAUAGUUCAUACAGUUUGGCCCACGAUAUUAAGUCUGAUUAAAUGUCUGUUUUCCCUCACAUGUAUGUCUGUCUCAUGACAUGUAUCUCGUCUCAAGGGUGACAAUUAAGUCUUGGACACUCAACGGGACUCUGGAAAUCACUUUUAUAAGCGCUUGACUGCAUUUUGUUUUCUAACAGCGAUUAAAGUUGUUUGUGGUGUAAAUCUAA